AUGGAACUGCACAAGCAAAGUCUACUGUCAAUGGAGCGGGAUGACAAAGCCCGGACUUCAAGUUCCGAGCAGCCUGCUGUAUUGUUGAGGCUCUACUUGACAAUGGUGCUGUCCAUCGCCGGGGCUUUGGUGUCAGCGUUUGCAGUGCCUCUAAGCCCGAACAAUCCAACGUCGGUCUUCGUGUUCCUGAGCGUCGCCCGCUUUGUCCUCGGCGCUGGAGUAGGUGGCGUGUAUCCGCUGGCUGCCACAGUGGCAGCCGAGGGUUCGGAUGCAUCGACCCGGGGGAGGUCUGUCGCCCUGGUCUUCUCCAUGCAGGGCAUCGGUCAGCUUCUAGUGCCCAUCGUGAGUAUGGCCAUUGUGUACAACAUCGGCACCUACGACGAUCGAGUCGCCAGCCAUAAACCCCUGCCAG